UCGCACUGGUCAGACGAAAAAGGACACACUAAAAAGGACACACUAAAAAGGAAGGACACUAAAAAGGAAGGACACACUAAAAAGGAAGGACACUCACAAGGGGGCUAUGGAAAUCGCCGAACGACCAAGGGAGCUGAGAACCUGGCACUCAGGACGUAGAGGGAAGAGAAGCGCGGGAGGGACGGUGAUCGGGAUAGACGGAGGGAGAGGAAGGGCAAUCGGAUCGGCGAUAUGCAGGGCUGGUGGUCCCAUGGAUGCUGGGACUGCUGGGACUACUGGGACUGCUGGAAUGGGACCGUUGCAAAAUGGGAACUGUAACAAGAUGAGCCCCUCGGGCUCCCCUCGCUAUGGUAAACCCUCAACUUGUACCUGGACGAAAGAACGACCAGUAGCAGAAUGCGAUGCUGAAGUCAUGGCCGUGAAGCAUGAGAGCGAUGGAGCCGGAUCAUCGCGUUCCCUGGCGGAUCAUCGCGUUCCUUGUUUGUCCGCUCCGCAGGCUCCGCGUCGUCAGGCAUAUCCACUUCUUCUCACGUACGACAAGCUGGCUGUUGGUCGACCAGCGGAAGGAGGUCUGGACAUAGCUAGCGGUCGUGGUGGUGAUUGGGAUCGGGAUCAGGUAAGAGAGAGGAAGGGAGGAGGAGGAUUGGUGGGGACGGAGGAGGAGGGGAGAACGGCGGGGGACUACGGGGAGUCUCAUCGUCGGAGCAGUAGUAAGGAGUUGCGGCCGCGAGCGGAGGAGGCGGAGGAGGUGCUGCGCGCGACGGCGGUUACGGCGGCAGCGGCGGGCGCGCAGCGAGGAGGAGGAGGAGGAGGAGAAGGGGGUGGUGGUGGUAUUGUUAUGGUCAGUGCGUCGGAAGCGGAGAAGACGAGCGGCGAUCAGCAGGAGGCAUUUGGGGCUUUGUCAUCGACAGCGGAAUGGGUGCGCGAUGGAAAAGGGGGUGCAUUUGUUAGUGGCAAAGGGCCUCCAAGAGGGGUUGGUGAGGUGGGGGGUAUGGACCUGUCUCUUAUACACAUCUAGAUGUGUAUAAGAGACAGCCUCUUGACUCCCCGAAUACAACGCCCGGCCCGGUCACUAUAGCUGUAUUUGAGGCAACUUUCAGAC